UCUCUCAACACUCGCCAUCCCACAAGCACCCAAGACACUCCUCUCAUACCACUUGGGGUUUGAUUCGUUUUCUUGAGAGAGGGGGAGAGAGAGAGAGAUGGCUUGUUCAAAAAGCACUGCUUCUCUAGCCCUUUUCUUCACCCUCAACCUCCUCUUCUUUGCCCUAGUCUCCUCCUGUGGGACUUGCCCUAGCCCGAGGCCGAGGCCGACCCCAACCCCGGGAACCCCAGGAACCCCAGGAGCCCCGGGAACCCCAGGAACCCCAGGUGGAACCCCAGGUGGAACCCCGGGAACCCCGGGAACCCCAGGUGGAAUCCCAACCCCGUUCAGGAGAGCAUGCCCUAGAGAUGCCCUGAAGUUGGGGAUAUGUGCUGAUGUGCUCGGGAACCUGCUCAAUUUGACCGUGGGCACACCCCCGGUGACCCCUUGCUGCGCCCUCAUCAACGGCCUCGUCGACCUUGAAGCUGCGAUUUGUCUUUGCACUGCCAUUAGGGCCAACAUACUGGGCAUCAAUCUUAACAUCCCACUCUCUCUCACCUUGCUCCUCAAUGUUUGCAGCAGGAGGGUUCCUCGUGGCUUCCAAUGUCCCUAAAUUACAAGGAAGACACACCUCUGCUUUAUGUGUUUUAUGUUGUCGGUUCAUCUCGUGGGUUUGCAACAUGUCGUGCUUUUUAGGAAAAGUUUCUGUUUGUGUGUGUGUGUGUGUGUGUCUCAAGUGGUGGCAACUUCUUGUUUCCAUGUUACUAUUCUUGCCGGGUUUGUGGGUGGGGGCUGGUUUCAGAAGGAAUGAUUUUGCGUUUCUCAUUGAUGAUGCAUGAUGGUGUAAUUUGAUAAGAAAUGGGUACCAUCAAUCUUUGCUUCUCGUG